CGGAGCUGCUGAAAGAGUCAGAGCCCAGCCCAGCUCAGCUGUGGGCUGAGGUGUCCGCCUCCUGCGGCAGCUCCACUUGAAAUUCAGAGCCUGGUGCCUCCGCUCACACUGACCCUCCGGCUCCUGCUCUCUCUCCACCUGUCACAGCGCCCAGUCCAUAGGAUGCUCCAGACAUUGUAUGACCACUUCUGGUGGGACCGACUAUGGCUGCCUGUGAACCUAACCUGGGCUGAUCUAGAAGACAGAGAUGGACGUGUCUAUGCCAAAGCCUCAGACCUCUACAUCACACUUCCCCUGGCCCUGGUCUUUCUCGUCAUUCGAUACUUCUUUGAGCUUUACGUGGCUACACCUCUGGCUGCCCUCCUGAAUGUUAAGGAGAAAACCCGACUACGGGCCCCUCCCAAUGCCACCCUAGAGCAUUUCUACCGGACCAGCGGCAAGCAGCCCAAGCAGGCGGAGGUAGAGCUUUUGUCUCGGCAGAGUGGGCUCUCUAGCCGCCAGAUAGAACGCUGGUUCCGCCGCCGCCGCAACCAGGACAGGCCCAGUCUUCUCAAGAAGUUCCGAGAAGCCAGCUGGAGAUUCACGUUUUACCUAAUUGCCUUUGUUGCUGGCGUGGUUGUCAUCAUGGAUAAACCCUGGUUCUAUGACUUGAGGAAAGUUUGGGAGGGAUACCCCAUACAGAGCAUCGUCCCUUCUCAGUAUUGGUACUACAUGAUCGAACUCUCCUUCUACUGGUCCCUGCUCUUCAGCAUUGCCUCCGACGUCAAGCGGAAGGAUUUUAAGGAACAGAUCAUUCACCAUGUGGCCACCAUCAUUCUCCUCAGCUUCUCCUGGUUUGCCAACUACGUCCGAGCAGGGACUCUCGUCUUGGCUUUGCAUGACUCCUCUGACUACCUGCUGGAGUCUGCCAAGAUGUUUAACUACGCGGGCUGGAAGAACACCUGCAAUAACCUCUUCAUUGUCUUCGCCAUCGUUUUCAUCUUGACGCGGCUGGUCAUCAUGCCCUUCUGGAUCCUACACUGCACACUGGUGUACCCCCUGGAGCUCUACCCUGCCUUCUUUGGCUAUUACUUCUUCAAUGCCAUGAUGGCAGUGCUGCAGAUGCUGCAUAUCUUCUGGGCCUACUUCAUCCUGCGCAUGGCCCACAAGUUCAUAACUGGAAAGCUGGUAGAAGAUGAACGCAGUGACCGAGAAGAAACAGAGAGCUCAGAGGGGGAGGAGGCUGCAGCUGGGGCAGGAGCAAAGAGUCAGCUCCUAGCUAAUGGCCACCCCAUCCUCAAUAACAAUCAUCCUAAGAAUGACUGAACCAUUGUCCUAGCUGCCUCCCGCAUUAAUACACGAAGCCAAGAAACUAGCCAGCCUUCCCUGUAGGGACACCUGAGCUCCGGGGAGAAAGGGCGUAAGGAGAGGAGUCUGCAUGACUCUCUUACUCUUUUGUCACCUAACUGUAACCAGCCUAUCUCAGGGAGAGAAGGUUGGUCAUAUCCUAUGCUAGAGAAGGGAAUGGUCUGACUUCCCUCUGUUUUCCAGGCUACCCUUUCUCAUGCUUUCUGAAAACCUUUCUCCACUCUGAGGGUUGGAGUUAAAACUCACAUUCCUUAUUCUGAAGAAUUUGGAGCUGUUUGCCUUUGACUCCCUGACUUUAAGCCAGGGUUGUGCCUUACUGUCCCAUCUCUGGGCCUCAUUCUGCCAAAGCUGGACCAAGGUUCCACCUUUCUAAGCACCCUAGCUCAAGCCAAAAAUGAAAGCUGGGCUACUUUUAACUUUUUCUCCUUUAUAACAAGUUAACUAAGUGAAGGAGGGUAUACAUGCCCCUCACCCUACCCCAGGGACCACAGUUCCAGGAUGUCACUGCCUCCUUUCUCUGGCCUUUCUUUUCCCCUCCCUCCAGCUAAGACAAGCUGGCGUGGAGUAGAACGGCAACUAGUUCUCUUAUUUAUUGAACAUUUGGAGUUUCAGUUAUAAAGCCAGAACUACAGCUAGGACCUGGCAUUAUGGCGAGGGACCAUUUCAGACCAAAAUGUACUGUUAAUGGUUUUUUUUAAUUAAAGUAUAUUAAAGGUUAAAUAAAACAUGA